AUGGAGACCACUAAGGUUGGAGGACACAUCAUAGUUGAUGACUUCCAAAUCUUAUCGAAAGAUUGGGAGUUGCAAGGCCAUCUAUGCAAAUUGCGCUCCAUCAAGAUGUGGCUCGUCGAGGCACCGAAAGCAAGCUUCCCAACUAUGUCGCAAAUAGAAGACCCUCCAACAGUAGCAGUAUCACUAAGAGUGCAUGUGGGCAAUUUUAAGAGUGGCCCAGGGGCAUCCCAUGCAAAUGACACACGGUAUCGAUCUACUUUGCAACAUGUUCAAGAGCGUGUUAAGAAUGUUGGUCAUAAAAGGAAGACUCGAUUUGCUUCCUGGAACAUUGGUUCACUGACGGGCAAGAGUUUGGAAUUGAUAGAUGUCAUGAGGAGGAGAAGGAUUAACAUUGCAUGUAUCCAAGAGACUAGAUGGAAAGGGAUGAAAGCUAAGAUGUUGGACGACUUUAAACUUUGGUAUUUGGGAGACCAAAGUGGAAGAGAUGGAGUUGGCAUAGUGGUGGAUAAAGACUUGAAAAAUGAUGUGGUAGAUGUUAAAAGAGUAGGAGACAGGAUCAUAUCCUUAAAGCUGGUGUUAGAUAAAGAAGUCAAAAUUAUUAGCGUUUAUGCUCCACAAGCAGGAUUGGAUGAGAGCUACAAGCUACAAUUUUGGGAACACAUGGAUGAAUUGAUGUAUAGUUUUAAAUCGGAUGAAAAGAUUAUUAUGGGAGACGAUCUAAACGGACAUAUUGGGAAGGAUAUGAGAGGUUAUGUAGAGGUGCAUGGAGGUUAUGGAGUUGGGGAGAGGAAUGAAGAGGGAACCUCAAUUCUGGACUUCACAACCACUUAUGAUCUAUUCAUUGCUAACACUCUUUUCAUUAAAAGGGAAGAACACUCAAUUAGUUACAAAAAUGGACAGCAUUCCAGUCAAAUAGACUUCUUCCUCACUAGAAGGCCUGACAGAUGGAUGUGUAAGGUCUGUAAGGUCAUCCCUGAGGAGAGUUUAACCUCUCAACAUAGAUGUUGA